AUAAGAGUUUCUGGAAGAUUUUGGGCGUUUGAGUUUUUCAGUUUUAGCAAACUAAACUGCAUUGAAAUUCAUUGCAAUGAGUGAGAUCAAUACCCAUAUUACAAAUUCUCCAGCUGAGGAUCGAAUUGAGUGGCCUAAUGCUUCAAGACGAGUGUUAUCAGAAUUAAAGAAGCUAUGCCUUCUGUCAGGGCCUGCAGUGCUCGUUAUGCUCUUCAACUUUUUACUCUCUGUUGUUUCCCAAAUGUUUGCAGGUCACCUGGGAGAGUUACAAUUAGCAGGAGCUUGUAUAGCAAAUGUUGGGAUUCAAGGAUUUGCCUAUGGAGUUUUGAUUGGAAUGUCAAGUGCAGUACAAACAGUGUGUGGGCAAGCUUUUGGAGCCAAGAAGUACAAAAUGCUUGGAAUCAUAUGCCAACAAUCUAUGCUGCUAAUGACAGCCACUGCUAUGCUUCUCAGUUUCCUCUAUAUUUUUGCAGAGCCUGCAUUACAUGCCAUUGGGCAAAAUAAAGCAAUAGCUGCUCAGGGAGCCAUCUUUGCAAGAGGGCUCAUUCCUCAAUUGUUUGCCUUUGCUCUGAGUUGUCCUUUGCAGAGAUUUUUACUGUCUCAGAAUAUAGUGGCUCCUCUUGCCUAUAUUUCUGUAGCCAUUUUUCUGCUGCAUGUUCUUCUAAGCUGGCUAGCUAUUUACAAGCUUGGGCUGGGCCUGCUGGGAGCUUCAUUAACCUUGAGCUUGUCAUGGUGGAUUCUCACCAUUGCAACCUUUCUUUAUAUACUGUGGAGUCCAAGCUGUAAGGAUACAUGGUCUGGCUUUUCAUGGAAAGCCUUCACAGGGCUCUGGCCUUUCUUCAAACUGUCCAUGGCAUCAGCUAUCAUGCUAUGUUUAGAAAUAUGGUACAAUCAAAGCUUAGUUCUCAUCUCAGGACUGUUGCCUAAUCCAGAGGUUGCAUUGGACUCUCUUUCAAUUUGCAUGAAUUACUGGAACUGGGACAUGCAACUAAUGUUGGGUAUCAGCGCUGCUGCAUGCACAAGAGUUGGAAAUGAGCUCGGAGCCAGGAGGGCUAAAGCUGCAAGUUUUUCAGUUGUGGUUGUUGUGUCCACCUCCAUCAUAAUCAGUGUUUUCCUGGCCAUUGUGAUAUUAGCACUUCACAAAUAUCUUGGCCACCCAUUCACAAGCAGCACCGAGGUCACAAGAGCAGUAUCUUCCAUGACACCAUUACUUGCAAUAUCUGUCUUUUUGAAUGGUGCCCAGCCUGUUCUUUCAGGUGUGGCAGUUGGAUGUGGGUGGCAAAAAUUUGUUGCAUAUGUGAAUCUCUUCUCUUAUUACAUAGUGGGUCUGCCAGCUGGAAUAAUGUUGGGUUUUGUAGCAAAAUCAGGAGCAAAGGGAAUAUGGUGGGGUAUGAUCAUCGGAGUUGGACUGCAGACAUUGAUUCUUAUCAUUUUUACAGCGCGUACAAACUGGAAUAAAGAGGUUGAAGGUGGUGUGAAGCGUCUCGAGCGUUCAAGGAAGGAGCCGUCUGGUGAAGAAGGGGAAGUGGCUUCCUCAACUUAGGCUUAUCAUUGAAAAAUGUAGUUUUGAAGCAGACUGGGACUAAAAUUCUUCAUCUUUCGGUGAAAUUGAUCAUCCUUGAAGCUUACUGGGACUAAAGUUCUUCAUCUUUUUGUGAACUUGUACCUGGUAAUGACAAUUUUUCCGCGUGAAAAGCUUGACUUGUAUCUUGGUGCUUUUCUUGUGCCCCUUUUCUUUUUUCUCAUCGGCGUGUUUAAGCCUUGAAUCAUUUCACAUGAUAUUUCUGAACUUCUGGAACAAAUUGAAAAGAGCUUAUCUGCUGAUUUACAUUUGUAUACCAUAUUCUUAUAUAUUGAUAUUUAAAGAUAAUAAUAUGUAUGCAAGCAUUAACACUACAA